UAGAAGAGGCAACAUGAAACUAUCACUCCUGUUGGGUGUUAUUUUAACAGUUGCCGCAAAUACAAUUGCGGUGAACUUUGAAAUAAAAAAUCAUUUGGGGCGGACAAUUUGGGUAGGCAUUCAGGGUAAUUCUGGAAAGCCUGCAUUAAAUAACGGAGGAUUUGUUCUAAAUGCCAAUCAAGUAAUAACCAUUUCAAGUCCUGAUAAUUGGGCCGGACGAUUCUGGGCGCGUACUUAUUGCAAUGAUAAUACAAAACAUUGCGAAACUGGCGAUUGUGGUAACAAAUUGCAAUGUAAUGGAAACGGUGGUACACCUCCCGUGACCCUAGCUGAAAUCACUCUGCGCGGUGAUGGCGGUAAAGAUUUCUACGAUAUAUCUUUGGUUGAUGGAUUCAACGUAAAGGCACAGAUUGAACCUGUUGGCGGAAGAGGUGAUUGUAGAGCGGUAAAAUGUGUCCAGCAAAUUAAUGAUGUUUGUCCGGAUGUUUUGAAAGUAAAGAAACAAGGUAACCCGUCGGAAACUAUAGCCUGCAAAAGUUCCUGCCUUCAAUUCAACACUGACGAAUAUUGUUGUCGUGGAAAUCAUAAUAAACCAGCCACAUGCAAACCCGACAAUUGGGCUGUGAAUUCCGCAAGAAUUUUCAAACAACAUUGUCCUGAUGCCUAUAGCUAUGCCUACGAUGAUAAAAAAGCACUCACUUGCAUCGCCAAUAAGUAUAUAAUUACAUUUGGUUGAUAUAUAAUCACUAUAUCACAUCACACAUGAUAUAUCACACUAUUACAACAAAGCAAUGUAGAAAUAGAAGCAUGUAGCAAAAAUGUUCAAUAAAUAGCAAGCAAUAAAUUUCA